GCCACCUCUUCUCUGAUUUUCAGAUGUUGACCGCACGGCUUCUCUCCUCUCUGGUUUUUGUCUUGGACUCUCCGGCCAUUUUCACAGUACACUUGAGCGACUAGCGCUUCCGCGGCAGAUGAGCUUCAGAUCCUUCCUUCUGGAAUUCAACCACCCCCUCUUCUCCGCGAGGAAGAUCGCCGGCGAAGUCCAUACGGGAAGAACUUUCAGUACGUCUGACUUUACCGGCUGCGAGUUUUCUGGUAAGAGCGCUUAUGAGGUGUUGGGGAUAUCGGAGAAGUGCUCAUCCGCCGAGAUAAAGGCCUCCUUUCGGAAACUCGCGAAGGAGACACACCCGGACGUUUGUACUUCUUCCGAUGAAGUCGCUGCCUCCCUUCGGUUCCUCCAAAUCCUUGCUGCAUAUGAGAUUCUGUCAGAUUCUGAAACGAGGGUCCAUUAUGAUAUCUAUCUGUUUUCACAGAAGAAGAUAUUGCAGAAGAAAUCUGGGUACUCUUCAGCUAUGUACACAUAUAACUCUACUAUAGCAAUAUCAAAGCCGGAUGACGUAGUUGAAUGGUUAAGAUGGUACAAACAUUUACUCAAUGAUAUUAUUACCCAGAAAAAAGUUUCUACUGGUUCUGGUUAUUUAAAUAAACUCGAGAGUGAACUUUAUUCAGCAAUACAUUUUGCAUAUUAUGGCCCCAUUAUAGAAUCUAUGGAUCUUCUUCCUAGUAGUUUUGAAGCUGAAGAGAGGUCUUUGCGUGAAACUUCUGAGGUUCUGCAUUUGGUUUCAGGGAGAUAUCUUUUUGGAGUUAUUUAUACAGUUGAUAAUGUUCCUCAAUUGUCAGAUCUCCACUCAGAAAAAUUGGCUUCUUUUGAAUCUUCAGAAUGUGAACUUUUUCAAUAUUGUAGCAAGGAAAGUAUGGGUGAAGAUUUUCAGGAAACGGAAGUGCGACAAAGUAGAAAUUAUGCAACAGAUAUAUACAGAAAUCUGGAGUUGCAUAUUUCUGGAAAAUUAGUAGCUACAGCAACCAGAAGUCCUGCUCAAUGUAAAUCCAAGUGUGGCUCUAUGGAAGAUAAUGAAGACCGUAUAAAUGUUUUCCUUAAUCUGAAUGAUAAUAUCUAUAUCGAUAACCCAAGUCCCCAAGAUUUCAAGGUUCUCUUGGGAACAAUAACUGGUUUAGGAAGUAAUUCAGAAGAAGGAUUAUGCUCUGUUUAUGAUGGAAAUGGGCAGAAAACUCACGUGAUAGUAAAACAUCGAACAUUGCUGGUGAAGCACAUGCACUGGUUUCAAAUUGGUGAGGGCGAAGUUUCGGCAUAUGAAUGUCGAUGUACCAGAGCUCGCUUGCCCCCUAGCAAAUUCUGGCUUUUUGAACCUCGAUCUUCUACGCAUGACAUUGGUGGUUGGUAUGUUGAAACAUUUGGCCAAAACAGAAGGGGUAGGACGGUUCUUUCUAGAAGGCAUUGGGAUGGAGUCAAUGAACUUCCUGAAAAGAGACUCCAUCCAGCCGUAUAUUUAUUGACACUUGCAUACAGAACCCUAGAUCUGGAAGAUGAAAAAAGGAAAAAGAGAACUGUAAGAGAUUUUCUGGAACCAAAAAUGCAGAAUAUCCUUCGCUGGUGCAGAAGGUUUAUAUAAUGAAAGACAUUUGAAGCUCUGGUGAGUAUAUACUAGGAAGAAAAUUUCGCGUACGUUAUCCG